CACCAGCCUGCACGAACAACAGAGGGUUCUCUUCUUUCUCGCGUUUUCUUGACCAUUUUUCUUCGACCCAAACACUCUCUCAAUCCCUUAACAGCUGGUUGCGAUUUCUAUUUGGAUCGUCAGAGAAUCUCUCCGGCCUCCGAGCGAUCUCUUUCUCGUCCUUCCUCCCUGCGGAAUCUUGUAAAGUUUCUUGGUAAGCUUUUGUCUGAAUAGAUGCCAGUUGCAAAACUCACGGCCUCUGGCACCCCCGAUUUCAUGAAAACAGAAGACAGAAAUGAUUCUUUAGAUACCAUAAUCAAACAAGCUAUUGGAAAAGAACCUUUCCUUUCCUUCCCUAGGGCCGGUGACAGCCCAGUACAGUGGAUUCAAUUACUUCAUGCUUUGGAUCAGCAAGAACUUCCAGGGUGGCCUUUGCUUUCUUCUGUGAAGGUUCAGUUACAGAAGUGCGACAAGUGUUCUCGAGAGUUUUGUUCUCCCAUUAAUUAUAGAAGACAUAUACGUGUACAACAUCGGUUGAAAAAGCUUGAUAAGGAUUCUAAAAAAAAUAGGGAUCUUUUAGGGGCAUAUUGGGAUAAGCUCUCUGUAGAAGAGGCAAAGGAAAUUGUGUCAUUCAAGAAUGUGAUGCUGGAGGAAGUUCCAGGGUCUUCAAUUUUAAGUGCUCUGACAACUGUUAUAAAACAAGGAUUUUCUUCUCUUCCACAGUAUUAUCUUAGGGCUGGUUCUGCCCUUCUGGAUAUUGUUCAAUCUAGGCCUUCUAGUUUUCCUUUAUCUUCCCAAGAGUUGUUCAGUAUCCUUGAUGAUUCCAGUGAAAAAACUUUUUUGUGUGGCACAGCAAUGUCAAUGCAAAGAUAUGUUUUUGAUGGAGAGGCUGGAAAGAUUGGUCUUGAGCCAAAAAACUUAGUUGCUUGCGCAAGUUUCUUGCUGGAGCAGAAAUUGGUAAAGGCAUGGAUCGCUGACAAGGAUGCUGAAGCAUUGAGAUGCCAGAAGCUACUGGUGGAGGAGGAGGAAGCUGCUCAGAAAAGACAAGCCGAGAUUUUGGAGAGGAAACGCCAGAAAAAGCUUAGACAGAAAGAACAGAAGGCAAGGGAACGAAUCGAAGAUGACACCGACUUUAAAGCGAACAUCAGCAACACAACAGAGGAUGUGUCACCUGCAGAAACAUCUUUGGAUACAUGUGAUUUUGAAGCACAUAAUCGAGAUACAUUUGCAGAUCAUGCUCCUUUACCACAUGUUAUUUAUCACUGCCCAGACACGUAUGAAGGUGUAGGCGGGGAUACAGAGUCAGGGUAUGAUUGUGACACUGAUCAGAAUGUAGAGCAACAGACAUCACAAGGACAUAAUCGUAGGCGCGUGAUGACUGCCAGAUGGCAAGGGCUGCCAAAAUCACAAUGGGCUAUAGCCAAUGGUUUGCAUGCAAGCCAGAAUUCUCAAAUGUCAAAGCUUGGAGUCAUUCAAAAAUAUGGAACCAACCAUGAUCAAAGGGCAGCUUCUAUUGUUAACGGUAGUAAAGUAUGGAGUCGAAAGCCCAAACGAGAAACUGAUGGGGUGGUUUUAAGAGCCAGACUGCAGGAAGAACCAGACAAACGUAAGAAUCGUGAAGUUUUAAUAGGAUCUGUAUCUGUUACUCUGGGCAAUUGCAGCCAAUCUGAGGGUAAUCUAGUGGAAUCUCAAGGGGACUGCAUGGUAGAGAAUCUGGCCAAGCAGAAUACUGCUCAGGAGAAGCCAAUGAAACAUGAUUCCUUCCAGGGAGGCAACAGUCGGUUAACUGUUAAGUUUUGGAGGCCGAUUAUUAGCCAGCAUGGAACUAAAGAUCCAUUGCCACUUCAAAGUGGUGGGACAGAAGCUGAUGCAGUUUAUGGAAAAGAUGAACAAAAUUUGUCAGGUCAAAGUAGUUUAAGGAUGUGUAAUAUAGAUGGUAGUGGUUUUGGUUCAGGGAACAAUAUUUCCGAUAUUGGGGCUAAGGUAGAUUCAGAAAGCUUACGGUUAUCCAGCCAUGCUGCAAAAGCCUUCCUUGCACAAAGAUGGAAAGAAGCUAUUUCAUCAAACCAUGUAAAAUUGGUUGUUUCACCUGAUUCUGAACUUCCUGGAUGCCAGCGGGUACAGGAAUGUGAACUAGCAACAUGCCAGUCGUCUAAUGCCGACAGACGUAGCAUUCUUGCUAACUCCGGAGUUGCUAAAUCCAAACCCAAAUUGAAGCCUGAGAAGGGAAUUAAGAUAAAGUACAUUCCCAAACAAAAAGCUGCAGCUUAAUAUGAAGAAACAAAGAAGAAAUUGGAUUAUUUAUUUAAUUAUGACAGAUAUGCACAGUUUGACUUCUUGCCAAUUAAUUUCGUAGCAGAGGUUCCAGUUUUACGGAUGGUCUUCUGUCUGAAAAUUGAAGGUAGAUUUUGCCGGAAAGUCUUUUUAUAUUCCGUCCUUUUCCUUCAAAUUAUGUCAUAGGGGAUUGUGCUGUAGGUUUAUUUUUUUAUGUGGCAUUAUUACCAAAGUUUUGUGUAAUAAAUUUGUCUAGUUAUUAUAAAAUGGCAUUUUUUU